CGUGGCUUGCCAAAAAAGUAUAUUUUUAUCAAUAUUUGAAAACCAAGAACAUUACUUAAUUUUAACAUUAAUUUAUCUAUUAAAUAUGAAUAGCAUUUCACCGUUUUUCCGCUCGCCAUUCACAGACAUAACUGGCGGUAUGGUAUCCCACCAGACCCUUGGACGGUGUGCGAAGCAAGAGAUGGAUAUGGCAGACUGUCUGGAAGCUUAUGGCCUGAUUAGGGGCAGGAGGAAAUGUCAGAUGCUCAUUGAAGACUUCGCCGAAUGCCAAACGCUUAAGAAGCAGUUUAAUAGAUUUAUUCUGCUACGCCGGGAGAGGGAAAGACAAAUAGCUUCCGGAAAACUGACAGGAGAGAAGCAAUAUGUGUCGCCAAAAGUUGAUAGUUACUGAUAUCUUUAGAUAUAAAUUAAAAGGCCAAAUAAUAGUCAGCAUCGCAGAA